AUUCGCGUGCUGUUCACCAUGGUCUCCACUACGUUGUAUGUGGAAGUUACAGGACCCUGGUUUAUAAUAUAUAAAAAAACAAAAUAAACUUUCUACGAGUUGAUGAUCUGGAUGCCAUCACUACUUGAUAUUCUAAAUAAAUGGCAGUUGAAUGCAGACCCGAAGUGUUGCUCGCAUGCUAUGCGAAACUAAUACGUGAUAUUACUUUUAUGUGUUUCUGACUGAAUACUUUUUUAGGCCAAUUUGGACAUGGCUGAUACAACCCUAUCAGUGACUUGGAAAGAUCACACUAGUGAACUUGCAACAGGAUAUCACAGUUUAUUAGAGAACAAUUUUUUGGUUGAUUGCACUAUAUCUGCUGAGGGUCAGAGUCUAAAAGCUCACAGGCUUAUUUUAUCUGCAUGCAGUCCUUACUUUCAGAUGCUGUUUUGUGAGGAGAUUGGGAAACAUCCAUUUGUCAUCCUUGUUGACGCGUCAUUUGAAACACUCAAGGCAGUUAUUGAUUUUGUGUACCGAGGAGAGACCCAAAUUGCAGAAGGGAACUUGAAAGCCUUUCUGGCUCUUGCCCAGUCCCUGCAGAUAAAGGGUCUAAAUGCUUUUUCCAAGAAUUAUAAGAGUAAGAAACUCACGUGCAAAACUACUGAGAAUGACUUCCAAGGUCCCUCUGGAGACAAACAAGAUAUCUGUGAAGUUGAAUCUGUCCAUGAUGGCCACGAGGAGAAUCCUGGAAAUUUUUCUCAGAACCAUCCUCGCUGUUCCAUAGAUGUUGAGCACUCAAAGUCUUCAGUUCCCUUUCAAGGUUAUAGUGCCCCUUUUGGGGAUGAGCGGCCUGCACAAGAACAUCCAAGAGCCCUGGGAUGUAGUGAGGUUCCUGUUGAUCCAGAAAUAAUAAUGAAAUGUGAACCUGUAUUUGAGGAGUUUUCUGAAACUAGAAAUGAAAUUUUUGAUAAUAUUAAUAGUAAUGAACCCACGUUUAGAACAUUUGCAAGUGAAAUUGAUGGAGAAGCUUCUUCAGUGUUUGUUGACAAGCAUUUGAACCAGUUCCCAAGUUGCAAUGAAUCGUCUCAAGGAAAUAUGGACUCGUCACAGAAGCGACCUUCACAACAGCAAAUAAUGAAAUUGAGUUGUGACCAAGAUGUUACCAGGGACAAUGGACCAUUGCUGCCUGUGAUUUUGGUUCCAAAAACUGAGCAUUUGGAAGAUACAGGGAGGGAAGAAUCCAUGGAUGACUCAUAUGAAAUAGAUGAAAGAACUGAACCUGCAAAUCGUGGUAUCUACUCAAGGACUGGGCACACGCCACUGGAGAACGACCUGACAUCCCAGCAACGAAGUGCAAUGCGGCUGUGGAGUCGCAACUCUGAAGACAUCAACUCGUUCCUGGCGCAGGCGAAGCUACAGCUGGAGGAGCGUUCUGAAAAUGAGCCGAUGCUGAGGAACGUGGACCGCUCGUCUUCUGACCUCGACGCUUACAAGCGCACAAACACCAGAGAUCGACCGCACAUCUGCGGCGUGUGCGGAGCAGCUUUCGCUAACUCGAGCAAUCUUGACGUUCACAAGCGUACGCACACAGGGACUGGGCACACGCCACUGGAGAACGACCUGACAUCCCAGCAACGGAGUGCAAUGCGGCUGUGGAGUCGCAACUCUGAAGACAUCAACUCGUUCCUGCCGCAGACGAAGCUACGGCCAAACGAGCAUUCUCAAGAGUCGAUGCUGAGGAACGUGGAACGUAAUACAUCGAGCUCGUCUUCUAUCCUCUUCAGUGACAACCGCGCGCUCGCAGGAAAGCGGCCGUUCAACUGCGACAUUUGUGGAGCUGCUUUUAAUUGGCCUAGCAAUCUCGUUGUUCACAAGCGCACGCACACCGGAGAGCGUCCAUACAGCUGCGAGGAGUGCGGGAAAGCAUUCAGCCAGAAGCAAACUCUGGACACUCACAUGCGCAUUCACACGGGAGAGCGGCCAUAUCGCUGCGACGUGUGCGGUAAGGCCUUCAACGACCGAAGCACUCACGCCCGUCACAAGCGGAGACACACUGAAGUGCGGCGAUGAAACGGACAAAAAGCGCGCCAUGACGAGCGAAUGUAGUGUUGUAUUAGAUAAGUGAAGAGAAUUCCACAGAUACCAACGUUCCACAUAAACACGUGGCCGAUCGUUUGGCUGAGAUAUAUGUAGAAUGACGCUCAUUUAUGGACGUGGAGCAAACAGAAGCCACAACGUUGCGAGUGCGAUGCGUCAUUCGAGUUCAGAAGGUUUAAUUCUCAAGAAACAGCACUCGAGGGGCGAUCAUUGGACCGCGCCUUGUGGCUUUCUCAGCUCUGGAGGCCUGUUCUUUCAAUAGUUGCCACCAUAACUACAUAGGUAGAGAGAGCCACACAAGAACUCCGCGAAGCCAUCUAAUACAAGUGUUAUAUAUUGGGCGUAGUCAAAUAUAGUUUCGUAGAUGGAGAUAUUUGCCAAAACAAUUAACAAUUAGGUGGGAUUUUCUUACAAAAUAGACGCAUACAGUAAUAUUGCUUUAUUUGGCGUGAUGUAAUCACCUUUUUUGUAAGGUCAUGUCUUAUUUUUUACUCUGGAAACCGAGUUUAUUAAAGAAUUCUUUUAAAAAACCUCGAAUCAUAACAUGUGAUAUUAAUGAUGAGAUCAAGUUUUGUUGAGAAUAUAAUUCACUACAACAAAAAUGCAAUGUAAUAAACUGAAUAUUAUUCUUUAGAUUAAUUUUAGUUUAUUUUUUAAUUAUCUGUCACAUGGAACACGCAUUGUUAUGCAUUGUGAAUGAAAUGUAGUAUAUUCCUUGAAUGACAUUGCCAUUUGCUUUUCCAAUUGUUAGUCAUUUAACAUCGUUCAUCUUAACCCUUCAUGACAUGCACCAUUUUAUAUUAUCACUGAUCGCCAUAAGAUUGUUUAAAAAACAAAUGCUCCGUUUGAGUCUUUAACUCAUUUGUUUAUGACAUGUCAGGAGAACAAAAGUUCCCAUAUUUGGAUCUCGGUACGAUCAAAUAUUUGUACUAAGUGACAAUCCAUUUCCAAUUGAUAUUAUUGCAAAAAACGUAAGGUCAAUUUUUGAAAGUUAAAAUAAGAGAAAUAAAGUAAACAGAUGAAUCC